AUGGAUGCUAAUAACUUUGGCUGCCGCAUCAGACAAUUGUUCCAGAUUCUUUUAGCUGUUCUCAUACUCAGUUUUAUGGCGUCUUUAGCAGAUGCAGAAACUUGUUACCAUGAAUUUGAUGUUCAAGAAACACCAGUGUGGAGGCUGUGCAGAACCCACAACAUAAUCACAGUUAAUGGGCAAUUUCCAGGGCCAACUCUUGCAGUAAGAAAUGGAGAUACACUCGUCAUCAAAGUUACAAAUAGAGCUCGUUACAAUGUCACUCUCCACUGGCAUGGAAUUCGUCAGAUGCGAACACCAUGGGCCGAUGGUCCCGAGUAUGUCACCCAAUGUCCAAUUAAACCCGGAGCAACUUAUACUUAUCGAUUCACAAUCGAAAAUCAGGAAGGUACACUGUGGUGGCAUGCUCACAGCAGAUGGCUUAGAGCCACAGUCUAUGGAGCACUUGUUAUCUUUCCGAAAUCUGGCUCCUCAUAUCCAUUUCCAAAACCCAAUUUUGAAGUCCCUAUUAUUCUUGGUGAAUGGUGGGACAGAAACAUUUUUGAUGUCAUGAGACAGGCACUUUUUACUGGAGCAGCUCCAAAUGUUUCAGAUGCAUACACUAUUAAUGGUCAGCCUGGUGACCUAUACAGAUGCUCCAGCAAAGAUACAACGAAAAUCUCAGUGAAAUCCGGGGAUACAGUUCUCCUAAGAGUUAUCAACGCUGCACUCAAUCAACAACUCUUUUUCUCUGUCGCCAACCAUAAACUGACCGUUGUUGAAGCCGAUGCAGCCUAUCACAAACCAUUUACCACAAGGGUCAUCAUGGUUGGACCCGGACAGACGACUAAUGUCCUACUCACGGCUGACCAGCCACCAGCACGAUAUUAUAUGGCUGCAAGUGCUUAUGCUACAGCACAGAAUGCACCAUUUGACAACACAACCACCACUGCUGUCCUCGAGUACCAAAAUGUCCGAAGUGGAUCGUCCUCGAGGCCAGUGUUACCUCAACUCCCGGCCUUCAAUGACACUGCCACUGUGACUGCAUUUACAAGUCAAUUGAGGAGUAUUCUUGCUUCGAAUGUCAAAGUCCCUACUCAGAUCGACGAGGACUUGUUUUUCAUUGUAGGAUUAGGAUUAAUCAAUUGCGCACCUGGACCUAGAUGUCAAGGACCAAAUAAUACUCGCUUUGCUGCGAGUAUGAACAACGUGUCGUUUGUGCUUCCAAGAAGGACCUCCUUACUGCAGGCCGCUUACCAGAAUAUACCAGGAGUUUUUACCACAGAUUUUCCUCCCGUUCCACCCGUGAAAUUUGAUUACACAGGCAAUGUGAGCCGUGCAUUGUGGCAACCAACUUCUGGGACUAAGCUCUACAAGUUAAAGUUUGGUUCAAAUGUACAAAUUGUGUUGCAAGAUACAGCCAUUGUCACAACAGAGGACCAUCCUAUUCAUCUUCAUGGGUACCAUUUCUUCGUAGUGGGACAAGGAUUUGGAAAUUUCAAUCCCCAAACAGAUACUUCUAAAUUCAACCUCGUUGACCCACCAGUCAGAAAUACAAUAGAUGUGCCUGUUGGUGGAUGGGCAGUCAUACGUUUCGUGGCUGAUAAUCCAGGAGUAUGGCUGUUGCAUUGUCACAUAGAUUCCCAUCUCACCUGGGGUCUGGCUAUGUCAUUCUUGGUCGAAAAUGGAAAAGGGAAAUUACAAUCCAUCGAGCCGCCUCCUGCUGAUCUGCCUACCUGCUGA